AACAAAACAAUCCUACCGAAUACUUUUUUUCCCUUUCACAUUUUUUUCAUUCUAUCCAAUUUUUUUCGCAAAAAAUCUAUUUAUUAAAUCAAAAAAAUAUAUAUAUAAAAUGUUUGACCCUAAUAUGAAACGUAUUCCAGAAAGAAAAUUUGAAAAUGAGAAGUUGCGUACUGAAGCUCUCACACAUAAAUCCUUUGCGCAUGAAAAUCCCAUGUCCGGUUACCAUAAUGAAAGAUUAGAAUUCUUAGGAGAUGCUGUCAUUUCAUUUGUAGUUGCGGAUUAUUUGCAUGAUAGAUUCAAGGACCAUAAAGAAGGACAACUUUCAACGUUGAGAGCCAAAUUGGUCUGUAAACAGACUUUGUCCUAUUUUGCUCUACAACUUGGUCUAAAUGACCAUUUAAGGUUAGGUGCAGGUGCCAUUUGCUCUAAUGCAAGAAAUAAUGAAAAAACUUUAGAAGAUACUUUCGAAGCUUAUGUGGGUGCUGUAUUUUUGGACACCGGUAAAAAUUACGGUGAGGUGAUGAAAUUCAUGGAGCCCCUAUUAACCCCUAAAGUCGAUCAACUUAUUAAGGAAAGUCUUGCCACAACUCUCGUUACUCCCAUUGAUCCUAGCCGUCCUACAUAUGGACCUAUAGACAUGUCUCUGGAUUUACCUCCUGAAUCAGAUCCAAUUAAUAAGCUCCAAACUUGGUCUCAAAGAAGAUCUUACGGUAUACCCCAAUACAAUGAAAUAGAAAAAACCGGUUCUGGACAUAAUCCUCAAUUUACCUUUCAAGUUGUUAUUAAUGGGAGACCUUAUGGUACUGGAACAGCUAGGAGUAAAAAGGAAGCUAAAAGACAAGCUGCCAUUAAUUCACUCAAAAAUAUCUUGCCAUCAAAUAAUGAUGAGGAUUCAAAGAUGUAGAUUAUAUAAUAAUUUAAGCCCUUUCUAAAGAUCCUUGAGGAGUAGGGAGUUUUUUUUUUUGAGAAGUUGUCUUGGGGAUAUAGAAUGUGAAGUUGGAAUUGUGUUUAAUUACAAUUUUUUGUUGAAUCCUUUUUAAUAAUUCCUUCCAAAUAUAUAUAUAUAUAUAUAUAUUAUAUAUAUAUAUACAAGGUAAGGAAUAUUUAAACACAAUAUAUAUA